AUUUCUUCCUGUUUCAUGUUCCUUUCUCUUGUCUUCUUUUCCUCUUUUCUACAGUUACCUGGAUUCCCUUGGUUCAGGAUUGUUUAUCGGGUUUUGGCUUUCUAGGAGACUUUUGUUGUCCCCGUAUACCGAAUCCUGGAGCAAACAACAAGCUAUCUCGCUCGACUUUCUCUACCUACGACCUGACGACCCACAGCUAUCAGGUCGCAUUCAAUUGUUGGUCGCAUGGCCCAUCGCCACUCAUGAACUAAUCCCGCAUCGAUCGAGUUGGUCGCGACACCCUUGCAUACGAUAGUUCGCAACGAUAGCUUCCCCCGUUCGUUUGACGAUGGCGCAGACCCCGCAAUCCCCGAAACAGAAAUGGAAGGUCGGCUCUUUCUUCCAGCAGGCCGUCGCGGGGGUGGAGUCCAAGUUGGAUUUGAUAUUAGCGGAGGAGGAGGACAGGAAACAGCUGGAACAACUGCAGGCGAAGAAUAACCCGGCGCAGGCAAACCAGACGGGCAACCUCUCGCGUAGCUCGUCCAAUGCGCGCAAGAAUGAUAGACAGAAUCGGCUCCAGGAACGCCUGGCACGAGCCGUCGUGGGGUCCAACGGCGGCCCCAAUGCGUCCACCUCUUCCUCCCCGAGUCGGCCCGCCUCCCCCGUGACCAGUUCGAUAGCGAGUAACGAUGCGCGAUCAAGUAUGGAUGCGGAAUUUAGAGUCACCUCGCCUCUGGCCAAUGCUGUAGACGUCGCUUCGAACCAGACCGCGUCGGAUGAUGCCCCAGCUACAGCGGUCCCACGGGCAAGCUAUGAUUCGGGGAUCUCCUCGAGGAAUUCGAAAGACAUAGGCGCCUCUUCGACGGAUAAUGCUACAGUACAAGAAGGAGGAUCUGAGUUACCAGUCCGAUCUGCGAGUGCCGCAAAUCGACCCUCUGACGAUACGGGGGCGCGCCCGUCGAACGAGCUCGCGCGUAGUGCGGCUGACUCCCCUGCGGAGCCGGAACAAGACGAUACCACUCAAUUACGGACGGAAAAUGACGAAGCCGAGUCCGAACGACAGCAGGAAAUCUACGGAUAUAUCGAACGUAUCGAUGCGUUACAGUCUAAACUCAAGUACCUCGCAAAAGAGGCCGCCGAGUCUGCCAAAAAGGCAGCGGCCACAGCGGAGCCUGGAAGUGUGGAGAAGCAGCUCCGUGAGAAGGACGAAAAGAUUGCCCUAUUGCUCGAGGAAGGCCAAAAACUUUCGAAAUCCGAGAUGGACCACCGGGCCGCCCUCAGGAAGCUCCGGAGUCAGUUCUCCGAGAACUCAAAGGCCCAGGUAGAAACUAAGAAGAGAAUGGAUCGGCUGGAGCUGGAUGUAGCCAACGCUGAAGCCCGUGCCAAACGCGCCGAAGCGGCCGAGAAGAGGGCCAACGAAUCGCUCUCUUCCCAAGCGAAGACCGCUCGCGAUCUCGAAGCAGCCGUGAAUGAGCGGAACGCGCUCACUCAAACCGUGCAGGAGAUGAAAGCACAACUCGCUCGAGCUACCGCCCGGGCUGAAUCUGCCGAAUCCAAAGCCCAGUCCGAUGCUUUGGAGAAGGAGAAGCGCCGGGUCAGUCAACUCGAAGAGGAGUUGUCCAACGCAAAAUCCGAACGGGAUGCCAACGAGGAAGCGUUACGACGAGAAAUCGAUAAUCUCAAAGAAAAGGGUGAACAAGAACGGGAACGAACCCGCAUGCUGGAGGCAGAGUCAAAGAAUGAACAGGCGGUUUUGGAAAGUAAGCUGGAGUCUCUUCGCUCUCGCGCAGAGGAAGCGUCUUCGGGAGUGGCCGGUGAUGCACAGGCCAAGCUCCUGCGCCAGGUUGAAACCUUGCAAACCCAAUAUGCCGUUGCCAGCGAGAACUGGCAGACCUUGGAGGGCUCACUGCUGGCACGGCUGGCCAGCGUGGAGAAGGAACGGGACGAGGCCGCGCGACGAGAAGGGGAGAUGCGACGGAAGGUUCGCGAAGCGAAUCUCAAGGUGAAACGGGUGGAAGAAGAACUCGACAACGCCAAGGACACCGAGCACGACCUCGAAAGCAAGCUAGAGGAGCGUGCACAGGAGUUACAAAAGCUAGAGCAGCGACUCCAGAAAGCCCAGCACGAGCUCGAAUCAGCCCAAAAGGACUUCGUCGAGCAGAAGAAGGUCUCCGACGCGAUCUGGGCGCAGAAGCUAGAAGAAGAACAAGCCAAAUGGCGAGACCUAGCCAUGCCAGCCCCGAGUUUCCUCAAGCAGUCGCGGAACGCCUCGCCCGUGGCAUUCAACCGCCGACCCAGCACCCUAGAAGCCGCCGCACCUCUAUCCGACUCCCGCCCACUAAGCCGUCGCUCAUCAAACCUGCCUAUGUCUCCCGAGAUCGGCACCCCGCCCCGCCAGAACUCUUUCCCGCUGUCAACUCAAGCAAGCAUGUCUCCUGUAAUCAACAGCGCCUCGACCGCCAACAUGGCCGAGCCCUCAGCGAUGGCCUUCGACUCAGACGAGUUCUUCACCGGCUCCGGCUCCCCGUCUGCAUUCGGCGGCGCCCCCACCCAACACUCUCGCGGGAUCAACGACCUGAUCUCGGAAUCGACCGUCGGCGCCGGUCCCUCGGUACAACUCGUCGAGCGCAUGAGCGCCACCGUGCGUCGCCUGGAGAGCGAACGCGCAGCAUCCAAGGACGAGCUCACCCGGAUUACCUCCCAGCGCGACGAAGCGCGACAACAGGUCGUGGACUUGAUGCGUGAAUCCGACGAGAAGAAGGCCUCCGACGCUCGCAUCCAGGAACUCCAGAAGGACAUCGCGGCGCUCGACGAGCGCUAUCAGACUACGUUGGAGAUGCUCGGCGAGAAGAGCGAGCAGGUUGAAGAGCUGCAGGCUGAUGUGGCGGACUUGAAGAGGAUCUACCGGGAGUUGGCGGAUAGUACGAUGAAGUAGGCAGUGAUGGUGUAUAGCCUUUACCUUUAUUCCGUUAUAAUAUUUCGCUGGCACAUAUUCCCCCUUUCUUUGGCUUAUUCCCCAUUUGUACAUAAUAUCUUUGGCGUUUCUUGGCUA